UUACCCACCACACGCGACUGUGCACGUGUUAGACAAGGGAAUGGCUGGGAGUUCAACACAACAGUUGAAAGAGUUGAGAGCUUGCUUUAGUAACGUGGAGUUUGUUGAUCGGAAGUUGGAUGCAUACAUUGUCCCGUAUAAUGACGAACACCAGAGUGAAUAUUUGGCAGAAUGUGACAAGAGAGUCAAGUUUAUUUGUGGCUUCAGUGGAUCGAGUGCAACAGUCAUUGUAACACAUGAUGCUGCGUUUCUUUGGACUGAUGGUCGAUACUUCCUACAAGCAGAAUCCGAAAUUGACAAAAACUGGACUCUCAUGAAAGACGGACUGCCAGGAGUGCCAAAACCAGAUGAGUGGCUCACAAAAUCACUCAAAUCUGGUUCUACGGUUGGACUCCAUCCAUUUCUUGUCAGCAAGAAGCUCUACUUGAAAUAUGCAAAGGCAUUGAAAACCAACGGUAGCAGUCUAGUAGCCGUUGCGAGUUCUCAUCUGGUUGACGUUGUGUGGAAAAUGCAGCCACUCAGACCAACUAAUACAGUCGUUCCUUUGGGGUUGGAAUUUGCAGGAUCUUCAUGGCAAGACAAAGCUGCUUUAAUACGAACGAAACUCAAGGCAAACAAUUGCUUUGCGCUCGUACUUACUGCACUAGAUGAGAUUGCCUGGUUCUUCAAUUUACGUGGAUCGGAUAUUGAUUAUAAUCCGGUGUUUUUCUCAUAUGCAAUUGUUGGCCAUGAUUUUGUCAAUUUGUUUAUUGAUCCAAAGCAAGUGAGUGCUGAUGUUCAAUCUCAUUUGGGUUUGAAUGGGCCAUCGGGUCAAGUGAAAGUGUUUCCAUAUGAUCCGAGUGUUGUGCAAGAACAGAUUGCAGCUCUGAAAGGGAAAGGGAAAGUGUGGCUUAGCGAAAAAGCUAGUUUUGGUCUUCAUUCUCUACUUGAUCCUGAUCAUACAUUCACUGACGAUUCUCCGAUUCAACUUGCAAAAGCAGUGAAAAAUGCAACCGAAAUACAAGGAAUGAGAAAUGCUCAUAUUCGAGAUGCUGUUGCCUUGUGUGAGUACUUGCACUGGCUGGAGACUGUAGUUCCUGAUGGUGGAGUGGACGAGGUAUCAGUAGCAGACCAUCUGGAUCAAUUGAGAAGCAAACAGGCAGACUUCGUUAGCCUUAGUUUUCCAACUAUUUCUAGCACUGGUCCAAAUGGUGCUGUCAUUCACUACAGAGCAACAGAGAAAACGAAUCGGAAACUCUCAACUGAUGAGGUCUAUCUUGUUGACUCUGGUGCACAGUUCAAAGACGGCACAACAGAUGUUACACGUACCGUCCAUUUUGGCACGCCAACUAAGUUCCAGAGGGAAUGCUACACACGUGUACUGAAGGGUCACAUUGGAUUGGCAAUGGCAAUCUUUCCAAAUCAAACAAAAGGCCAUCAGUUGGAUGUGAUUGCUCGUCAAGCAUUAUGGAAUGUUGGUCUGGAUUACCUCCAUGGUACAGGCCAUGGAGUCGGUUCGUUCCUCAAUGUACACGAAGGUCCACAAUCAAUCAGUCCUAAAGCAGUAGAAGAUGCAGCAAUCAAAGAAGGAAUGAUCCUAUCAGACGAACCAGGCUACUAUGAAGACGGCUCAUUUGGAAUCAGGAUUGAGAAUUUAGUGCUUGUUGUACAAGCAAAUACAAGACACGACUUCAAGCAGAGAGGAUUCCUCACGUUCGAGGCUCUCACUCUCGUCCCCAUGCAAGCCAAGAUGAUUGAUAUCAACCUACUAACAGCCACCGAACUCGAGUGGCUGAACAGCUACCACACAACGUGCAGAGAGAAAGUCGGCGAGGAGCUGAAGAGGCAGGGAAAACAGGAUGUGCUCAAGUGGCUCGAACGAGAGACAUCUCUACUCACAAAGGCCUGAGACUUACACUCAAACUUGAUUAAAGGUUCAUAGAACGUCCAGUUCAUGACAGUCUGGUUGUGUACCACACCUUGACCAUUGAUGUCGUCAGUCGACUGCAUUUGGUUCAUACCUGUUGUAUACAAUACAGCAUUUCAUGUGUGUGUCUGUGUAUUGCUGUUGCUUGUCUGACUUUUUUAGUCGCGUCCGCAGCUCCUUUAGCUGGUCGUUCUUCUUGCUAAGCAUUUUCUUCAUGUUGGAAAACUGACUCGUCUCGGAGA